AUGCGCCUACUACAAACCAAACAAAUAGACCAAACAAAUAGACCAAACAAAAAGACCAAACAAAAAGACCAAACAAAAAGACCAAACAAAAAGACCAAACAAAACGACCAAACAAAAAGACCAAACAAAAAGACCAAACAAAAAGACCAAACAAAAAGACCAAACAAAAAAACCAAAAAAAAAGACCAAACAAAAAGACCAAACAAAAAGACCAAACAAAAAGACCAAACAAAAAGACCAAACAAAAAGACCAAACAAAUAGACCAAACAAAUAGACCAAACAAAAAGACCAAACAAAAAGACCAAACAAAAAGACCAAACAAAAAGACCAAACAAAAAGACCAAACAAAAAGACCAAACAAAAAGACCAAACAAAAAGACCAAACAAAAAGACCAAAAGACCAAAAAGACCAAAAAGAUCAAAAAGACCAAAAAGGCCAAAAGACCAAAAAGGCCAAAAAGGCCAGAAAGACCAAAAAGGCCAGAAAGACCAAAAAGACCAUAAAGAACAAAAAGACCAAAAAGACCAAAAAGACCAAAAAGACCAAAAAGACCAAAAAGACCAAAAAGACCAAAAAGACGAAGAAGAAAAAGACGAAAAAGACGAAAAAGACGAAAAAGACGAAAAAGACGAAAAAGACGAAAAAGACGAAAAAGACGAAAAAGACGAAAAAGACGAAAAAGACGAAAAAGACGAAAAAGACGAAAAAGACGAAAAAUACGAAAAAGACGAAAAAGACGAAAAAGACGAAAAAGACGAAAAAGACGAAAAAGACGAAAAAGACGAAAAAGACGAAAAAGACGAAAAGGACGAAAAGGACGAAAAAGACGAAAAAGACGAAAAAGACGAAAAAGACGAAAAAGACGAAAAAGACGAAAAAGGCGAAAAAGACGAAAAAGGCGAAAAAGAGGCAAAAGGCGAAAAAGACGAAAAAAACGGAAGAGACGAAAAGACGAAAAGACGAAGAAGAAAAAGAAGACGAAAAAGACGUAAAAGACGAAAAAGAAGAAAAAGACAGAAAAAACAGAAAAGACAGAAAAGACAGAAAAGACAGAAAAGACAGAAAAGACAGAAAAGACAGAAAAGACAGAAAAGACAGAAAAGACAGAAAAGACAGAAAAGACAGAAAAGACAGAAAAGACAGAAAAGACAGAAAAGACAGAAAAGACAGAAAAGACAGAAAAGACAGAAAAGACAAAAAAGACAAAAAAGACCAAAAAAACCAAAAAGACAACAAAGGCAACAAAGAGAACAUAGACAACAUAGACAAUAAAGACGAAAAAGACUGAAAUGAAUCGAUUGAUUUUUCCGACCUCUACAUACAUAUGUAUGCCUACUAAAUCAAAAGUCCCGUUCACAGAUCAAGUGAUCGCUCAUUAAAUAGAAAAAGAAGAACAUCAUGUAGAUACAUUUUUACGACAAUAUCGUAAAAACAGUGAAUAAUGGAUAUUGACGACAACUUUCCCCGGCUUUGUUGUGUGUGUGUUUUUUUUCUCAACAUCGAUCUACUUGAUUUUAACGAAAAUAUUGUGAAAACAGUAGAUUGUUGGUAUGGCCGAUACACUGCCAAAGAGAUGAUCUUCUAAUCGGAAUGCUAUAGAUUUUCACUAUAGAUUUCUACUUAUUAUGAGCUAUUGAAGACAAACAAACGACCAUAAAUUGCUUUUUUGUAUAAAAGAUAGGAUUAGAAGAAAUACAAAGAUAGAUAAAUAUGACAUAAUGCAUAAUACAUGAACGUAGGGUAGGUCGUAUGUGGUGUUAAUUUGAUUCGGAAUGUAAUUUGAACGUUUUUUAUAAGUUAUCUGAUUUCUACAUAACCCUCUACAUAGCUUUGAAUCCUUAGAGUUCAAAAGAAACCCUUAAACUCAACCGCAUAAAAUCUCAGCAGCUAACCGCGAGACGGUCAUCAGAAUAAAUCCUAGGUAUAACCUCCUAGCGUCAAAAAACAGAGUUGUUUACAUUUUUUCCCACCUGUAUCGAUGUCGUUUCUCUAUAGCAAACUAACGAACGGCGACAACACAUAUGCCAAUUCGAUUUCAAGAAUCUGCUCCUUGCCCGUCGUCCGCCCUUAAGGCAAGAUUUAUUUGCUCUCAAUUCCAGUUGAACGCAGACCGCAAGAGCUGAAAUUAGAUCGAAUUGUGUGUUGGUUUUUAUUUUUUUAUACACAAAUAUUUGAUGUUGAAAAGCAGAAUAACAGCAACCCGUUUGGGGACUCUAAUUUGCAUUGACACUUGCGUGCGUUUCCAUGGUAGCAAACAGCUUACUGCGGUUUGACUACCUAUUGGUUAGCUCUACGCAGUUCCACAUGGCUUGCUCUACGCGGUCGCCUACGAGGACGUUGUCAAAGUAAGUUUACUUUGAUCAUUAAUCAAACACUGAAUUUAAGUAGCCGUCAGUCUACUAAUGUGAUUAACAUGUGAUUCGUUCGGCGCGUUUCGUUGAUGGUUCUCUCAAAGAUGACGAUCAUCUCAUGACAAAUCGUUUUUGUUUUUCAGCAAAAGAUAAUAAACAAACAAACCAUCUCCACUAAAACGCAUAUGUAACAUAAGUCAACGCCCUCGCACAGGCGUUGGUUUAUCUUCAAUAUUUUUUUUCUUUUGGAUUUGCACAGUUCGCAAGAGCGAAUCUAACCGGAUGGGACUUGCUCGCUCACAUGUUGACUUAAUUAGUGCGGCUGUGCUGUAGUGCAAGCAGCUGAGCCGUAUCACAACAUGCAUAGUAUAUUUAUACAAGAUAAACUACAUUCCUAUACCCCGAUGAAUGCAACAAGCCUGCUGGUUCUGAAUGAAGAGAUUUGAUACUGACAGCGAAGCGUUUGUUUUUGUUGCUGUUUAUAUUUAUCCCGUGCAGUUUUGUCGCGUGCUUUGCUUCACGCUCUGAUUUUUUCCAACUAAUCAGAUAAGCCGGCGUAUUUUGCUGUUAUAAGUCUCUCCUAGGCCAUUGUAUCAUAUUGUGGCUUCAAUGGUAAUCUAUAUAUUUGAGUUUUGUGUAUCAGAAGUAAAAAGACACACAAUUACAUUUAGAUCUAUUUUUGCAAAUGGAUAUCUUUGUUCCCUAUCAAUGAUCGACGUCAACGGAUGGCUUAGGGCCGAUGAAUGAAAAAUUGUAAACAUACCGUCGCGUUUAGGAUCAGUUGCAGCUGUUUCAACUCGAGAGCCUCAACGGGAUCAAUUGUGUUCAAAUGCAAGAGCAAAAUUUUAGAAAAAAAAACUUUCUAUACUGGAUCUAUCCAUCUAAAUUAAAAUAAAUUGUCAGAAUAAUUAGCAUCACCAAGUCGUAGUAACCUUUUGAUUUUGGACAACUGAUAAAGCGCAUACCAGUCAUUCCUGACAAUUUACUCGUCACCAUAGACCGAUUUCUUUCCGUGAAGCGCUGUCAUCUGUUAAAACGACCUGACAGCUCGCGCCAAUCAAGAGUAGCAAUCCUAGCAGCAGUAGGCUUUGCGUAAUGAAACAUUAAUACGACGCGAACGUGAUUAUGAUUUCUGGAUCUUAAUCACAGCAACCCGCGACCCCGCGACCGAUGGCUUCAAGAAUGGCAAUGGUGAAGAGAAGGACUGUGAAAUGGGAGGUCCAUCAAGGGAUAAAUAAAUCAUUUAAACUUUCAACUCUGGCUCUGGGCUUUGGAUAUGUAAAGUGAAGUGUGGAUGGGUAAGAGGAAACUUCCUAAGAUGCGGAUCAAAUUACUAUCUUCUCGAACACGUCCCUCGCUUACAAUGCGAAUCAGCCCUCACAGCCGUAAAGUUAUGACCGGGAAGUUUAAAUUCAAAUCUCAAGACGAAGGCUUUAAAUCAGAAAGUGCAGAUAAACAGAAAUUGUUUUCAAAUCAAAAUAUAAGUUUACAUACACUUAUCUCUUUACACCUCAGAAAUUGUCUUACAAAAUCCAGGAAGUUCGCAAUUCAUGAAUGGAAAAAAAACAAUACAAUCAAUACAUCUCAAUCAACAAGGACGCCUGUCAAUAAAUUACUAGCAUGAAUCCGAAUUGACAUUCAAUAGCCGCCACGCGCGAUUGCUUGGAUUAGCGAGAUUCACCAAAUAACUGCGAUAAUCACCGCUGCCGCCCCGUUUUAUCAUCGCCUACUACAAUUAGAGACUUCCGUUCCUUCCUCAAUAGGUGGAAAAAACCCCGGGUCGGCCGAUGCGGUUCCUUUCAUUAGGUUAUCUUAUCACGUCUGUUUCACCAUGUAUUCCUUUUGUUUGUUUGACUUUUUUUCAAUUUGGCGACCGUUGCAAUUGCUUCAUUAAAUACUACCCGGUGUAUACAAAUAUGAUAAACAGAUAAACAUUAACGUUGUAUAUCAGUGUAUUUUAGUGUCGCUUUGCGCGUGUUUUCAUUAGAACCAGCUGUCGUUAAAGCGAAAAUUGAACUUUGUUUUGAGGAAUUCCUCAUUGCGCGCGCGGUAAAUUUUAUGACAACAGGUAUCAAAGAUUGUGGUCUUUAUUAUCACUGAAGUUAUCGGGAAAGCCCAAGAAAUGGUAUGAAUAGGGAGAAUCUUGGGAAGUCCCAAUCAAAAGCGAAAAAACGAUUUCUUAUUUGUUUAACAAAUGGCAUUGUUUUGAGUGUUUCUACACUAUCUCUUAAUUCAAUGAAGUCCAUCAUAAGCUGAAUGACAAAAAAAAACGCAAAUUGACAAAAAUGACACGAAUUACAUAAACGACAAAAAUAACGAAAAUGACAAAAAAUACAAAAAUGAUAGAAAUGACUAAAAUUACAAAAAUUUCAGAAUUUAUAAAAAUGAUCUAAAUAACAAAAAUGAUUUAUGUAAUUCUUGUCACCCCUGACACCUCUGUCACUUUUAUCGUUUUUGUCGUUAUUGUCAUUUUUGUCAUUUUGAAAUUUUGUCAAUGUUGUGUUUUUUAGUCAUUUUUGUCAUAUUGUCAUUAUUGUAAUUUUUUCACUUUUGCCACUUUUGUUAUAGUGGCAGGAAUUACAAAAGUGAAAAAAAUACAAUAAUGACAAUAUGACAAAAAUGACAAAAAAUACAACAUUGACAAACGUUACAAAAAUUACAAAAUUGACAAAAAUCACAAAAAUGACAAAAACGACAAAAGUGACAGAAGUGACAGGAGUGACAAAAGUAACAAAAAUUACAUAAAUCACAAAAUUGACAAAAGUGACAAAAUUUAGCAAUUUACCAAAAAAAGAUAAAAAAGACAAAAAUACAAAAAAAUAAUAAAAAUUACAAAGAUGACAUAAGUGGUAAAGGUGACAAAAAUGACAUAAGUGGAAAAAAUUACAAAAACCACAAAAAUUUAAAAAUGAAAAAAAUUAACAAAAUAACAAAAAUGACAUUAAUUACAAAAAAAUGGCAAAAGUGACUAUAAUGACAAAAAUUGCAAAAUUACAAAAUUGACAAAAAUGAAAAAAAUGUAGCAAAAUGAAGAAAAGGUGAGAAAAAUGACAAAAAUAACAAAAGUAACAAAAAUGACAAAAAAGACAAAAGUUGUAAAAAAUGAUAAAAUUAACUAAAAUGAACCAUUUACAAAAAAUAUUCAACCAUUCAUAACCGAUGAGUACAUAACCACAUA